GCAAUGUCAGAUGAGCUGAGUGAUGUUGUAUUUCUCAAGGUGAAUGUUGACGACUGUGAUGAGAUUGCAGCAGAUUACGAUGUGUCUGCGAUGCCAACAUUUGUGUUUCUGAAAGAUGGGAAGAAGGUGGAUAAUCUGAUUGGAGCAAAUGUAGAUCAACUAAAAAGCAAGAUUGCGUCCAAUAAGUAAAUGAAUCUUGAUUCAUUAGUAUUGGCCUUUACGAUCACCACCAACUAAAUCUGCUUUAGCAUGUUAACCAGUAAUUUAGAUACUUUCUUCUAUAAUUCUGGUACAUGCAUGUAGUACUAAUAGAUAGUAUCAGGUGUAGUUACUGAAUUUUGUGGCUUAUAAGAUGCUCCGAUACAUUGCACGCACCCACAAAUAUAAGAGGAAGUAAUCUUUAUAGCAAUCUUUAAAAAAACACUGCAAUAGGUCUCCUCACUAAAGGGUAUAUAAUAUUGUCAUUAUAAAUAAAGCCACACCCGUGUUUGUUACUCUGUUUUAUCUCGAACUUCCCGCAAUUCAAAAGCCUUUCACUUUAUCAGCACUGAUUAUUAUUAUACUGUGUAAUACUUAAAAAUGGCCACUGCAUCGACAUUCAGCUUAUAGGACACCAAGUUGGAUGAACAAUUUUGUGGAUAAAUGGCAUCCAUCCUAUAAGUCACAAAAUAAGGCAGUUUCUUGUUUUUUUUUACAAGUAAGCAUUUGUCUGUAUCAUGAAAUAUGCAGUGUAACAACUGACUUAACAGACAUUUCCUCAGAAAAUGAAUAUUAGGUAAGACAUGGAAUGUUAGCAGUCACAAGACUGCAUUAUUGCAGUACCUUAAAUGAUUGUUAUUGCAAAUUGGAACUAGAUAUAGUAGCAUCACUAGGCUUUAUGAACAUCUAGCUAUUAAAUAAUAAUUCUUCCAAUUGGAUCAUUUUUA